AUGAAAGGGUGCCAAAAUAGUUUCAACAUGAAGUUGGACAUAACCAUUGUCCUGCUCUUGAGUGCCUUCUACGGUGGAGCCGAGGCGGUCAUCGUCAUCAAGCCCAGUCCGCAAGCCCGGGACGUCUUUGCGAAUAAUUUGUUUCUUACUCUGCUUCGACCGGUGCCACCGGAAUCACCGGCGCAGCCUGUGGUUCUCUUCUCGCCGGCUUCGCUGCAAAAGUUCCUGGUCGCGUUCUACAACUUCACCUGCCAGGACCACCUGCGUAUGCUGGCCGAGGACCUGUGUCUGAUCGACGGCAACUUUUUUAUGCAAAGUUCAGUUGCGGAGCUCAUAGCGGGCCCUUUGCCGGUCCGCUUUCGCCAAGUGACUGUCGAACUGAUAACCGGCUACAUUGCACCCAGCAACGUACUGAGCUUCUUUGCGAAGGACUUCGCCGAGCUAGGCGCAGACAUAUUGGUCCGCAACUUCUUCAUCUACGACGGCGACGAGAUUGCCAGCAGCUUCCACAAGAGUGUGUGGGAGUAUUUCAACAUUGAGGUCCUGUCCAGGCACAAUGCUGUGCUGCGAAAGAUGGGGAUCGCAGCGUCCGACCUGCAGCUCUACAACGGUAUCAAGUUCCAUGCCCAUCUGGACGAGCAGUUCCGUUCCGUGGGGAAGUUCAGCUAUGGCCAGGGCCGAUUCCGCUUCGCGGAAAGAUUGCUGGUGGGUCGGAAGCGUUUUCCGUGCAUGGGGCUGGAGCUGCCGCUCGAAACUGAGAGCAGCCGUGGUCUCCUCACGCUGCUGCUGCUGAUGCCUGGACCCAGAAUGUCGCUGAAAAAUCUGGAGGCGCUGAUGCUGGGUCCGGAUCAGCGCAACUAUCGGGAUCUGUCCAAGCAGUUGAGCAUCACAUUUGUUUCUGUGCGCCUGCCCAACCUGCAGUUUUCCGGCAAGGUUACCAUGGAACGCUUAAUGAAGGAGAUGAGCUGGCUGUUCGACGCGAAGCUGCCGUACCACGGCGUGCUCAAUAACCAAACCACUCGCAUCAAACGGUUCGUGCAGCGGAUCAGCAUGCGUAUCCACGCUCAAGGUGGCUAUUCCCAGUCCCCAUUCGCAGGGCCCGUCAAUCCAUUGCACUUCUUCAACACAAGCCACACAUUCGAUUGCGCCACGAGCCCGUUCCUGUUCCUAGUUAGAUCUGAGGAUGUCAUCUACUUCAUGGGCCGCCAUGACCGCGUCUCCGCCAGGUCCGGCGCAUACCAUGGAGGGAUCUAAGAACCCAAGACUGCACCCAGCCGCUGUCGCUGCCGCUGCUGUUGCCUUUGCCAGUCGUUACUUUCAUUAGGCCCGCCGCUUGCGCACUUGACAAUGACGUAUCUGACGAGGCAUGUGAAAAAUUGCAGAUGAACAAAAACCAGAACCGACAGCCUCGG